CAAGUCGACCUACCCGAAAUCCAGGAAGUCGACACCAUGGCGAUUGCCAAAGACAAGGCGCUGUUGGCGGCACAACUCGCCAACGGUCCCUGUCUAGUAGAGGAUACCUCUCUCAAGUUCACGGCUCUUGGGGGUAUGCCCGGCCCUUAUAUAAAAUGGUUCCAGGAAAAGCUCAGAUCCGAAGGACUGUACAACAUUCUAGCUGCUUAUGAAGACAAGACUGCCGUCGCGGUCUGUACCUUGGCGUUUUGUCCGGCGCCCCACGCGGAUCCCGUUUUGUUUACCGGCGAAUGUCACGGUCGCAUCGUGGAACCUAAUCCUGGCCGUGGCUUCGGUUGGGAUUCCAUAUUUGUACCGGACGGCUGCGAUGAGCCCUUUAGCCAAAUGAGUUUGGCCGAAAAGAAUCACUUAAGCCACCGGGGAAAAGCGGUCCGACGAUGGGCCGAUUGGUUG